AUGGAAAACGACAAGGGUCAACUAGUCGAACUUUACGUUCCAAGAAAGUGUUCUGCCACCAACAGAAUUAUCAAGGCCAAGGACCAUGCCUCUGUCCAGAUCAACAUCGCCAAGGUUGACGAGGAGGGCCGUGCCAUCCCAGGUGAGUUCAUCACCUACGCCUUGUCCGGCUACGUCAGAGCCAGAGGUGAAGCCGACGACUCUUUGAACCGUUUGGCUCAAAACGACGGUUUGUUGCAGAACGUGUGGUCUUACUCCCGUUAA